AUGAAGAACAUCCUUAAGAAGGCCUCGGUGAGCUUCGGGGCCCUGGAUAGGUUCACCAAGAAGGCUGGGGAUAGGGCGCGGUGGAUGUUGAACGUGUUGCGAGCCUUGUUGUUCAGGAGCCGUCCGAAAGCGAGGUCGGCGAUGGCCCAGAGGCACGUCUUGGGUUUUAAGAGUCGUUGUAUCACUCCUGUCCAUUGCCAGGCCCCGGCAGUCUCGAGCUCCCAGGCUCCGAUGGAUCAGGACGCUUUGUUUGCUCUUAGCGCAGACUUGCAGAGCGCUGACGGCGCAGAGGAGCGCCCUGCCAUGGAGCAGGAUGCAGUGGAGGAGCAGCAGUUCCGGCCAACGGGGGAGGAUGCAGUGGAGCAGCAGGUCCUGCCGACGGGGGAGGAUGCAAUCCGGAUGGUUGAGAGGGUCGUCGCUGGCUUUCGGUUCGAGAUGGAUGAGGCCGAAUACAACGGCGGCACCACCAUUAUGCAGCUCUGCGAAGGCCAGAGCCUCAGGGCAGCGCUGCAAGCCUUGUUGACGGCUGGAGAAACCGCGGUGGCCGCGAUUGAUUCGCAUGAUGACAUGUACCGGGUGACCGGGUUCGAUGACGUCAAGAACGUUGUCUUCCUGGCUGGCGGCGGCGGGUCCGAGGAUCUCUCGGAGAUCUCCACCCUGUACUGGGACUGGGGGACGACGUGGGCCGCGGAGCAGGCCGGCUUCAGCGAUUCGGUUCUUCGUGAGUCCCGCCCCCUGGCGCAGGCCUCGGAGAUGGAGGAGCCCGAUGCCGCAGCUGAGCCGGCGACGGAGCAGGCCCAUGCGGCGGGGAAGCCGGGCGAUGAUGUCGCGGCGCCGGCCACGGAGCAGGUGGCAGCGGACCUCACCGAGGCGAUGGCUUCGGCUGACGAUGCGCAGGCCGCAGUGAGCGCUUGGGCGGAUGUGCAGAGCGCCGCCGCGCUCGGCGCCGAUGCUGUGGCCGAGCAGUUCUCGUCCUACAUGUGCCGGCGCUUCGACACUGACGCGCGCCGCGACGAGGAGCUGCGGGCGAUGAUGGACCGGGCGGGGACCGAGGACUGGAGGUGUGUUGCAGCUUGGUCGUUGCUCUGCUCGGCAGAUGGGGAGCUGGCGGUGCACCUGCAGCAGUUCUGCAACAGCAGGGCUCAAGGGUCGCGGACUGCUGCGCUGAUCCUCCAGCGCCUCAUGAAGGCAUCGGGCGCAAAGCAGUGGCAGAACAUCAGCCUCCACACGGCCCGGACGCUCGCAGGCGUGUUGCCUUCGCUGAUCAGGGAUUCGGAUGAGGAGAGCGAUGAGGGAGCGCGCCGAGGCAUUAAGCGCACUGCUGAGGAGGCGGAGAUCGUGGAGGGCCCGAAGGUCACGGAGGAGAUUGCGGAGGAGGCGAGCGUCGCGGAGGGCCCGAAGGUCCCGGAGGAGAUUGCGGAGGAGGCGAGCAUCGCGGAGGGCUCGAACAUGCCGGAGGAGAUUGCGAGCGUCGCGGAGCCCAUCGGUGAGGUCGGAGCAGGUGACGCCGUAGAUGAUGACGAGCGGGACGCCAAGGUCGAAGAGGCGAUGGAGUGCGAGCUGAGGGAGCACCGGAAGGCCAUCGAUGAGCUCCUGUCGUGUGCAGACUUCAUGAAGGACGAGCAGAUGGAAGAUGAUCACCUGGCGGAGGACGUGUCGACCUCGCCGACUGCCUUCGUCCUCUUCGACCACGUGAAUGCCACGGCGAUGAACCUUUUGGCCUCGAAGGAGCUGUCCAAGAUCCAUCGCUUGGGGCGCACGGGGCCAACGGUCGAGCGAGCCUUGGGAGACAUCCUGGUGCAGUGCAGCAAGAAUGUGCUUCCGGGAGGCGCCAGAACCUACAAGACCAUCUACCACGAGGAACAGCUGAUGGCUGAUCUCAAGGUCAAGGGCCGCCGUCACCCUGGCAAGCCAAGCAAGGAAGAGGUCGCAGACUUGAGGCUGGUCGACCCCGGCGUGUGCUCCGGCCAUCUGGCGGCUUCCACCUUCGUCUUUCCUCGCUGGUUUCGGAACUUGUGCUGGGCGGGGCUGAAGGAUCACUACACGUUCGACCUGGCCAACGCCCACGUGUGCAUCCUCGCGGAGCGCCACGACAGCGAGUUCCUCCGGGAGUUCAUCUUGAAUCGCCAGGCGCACCUGCAGUCCACUCACAGUGAGAGGUGGAUUGCCAAGCAGCUCUUCCUCCGCCUCCUCUACGGAGGCACGGUGCAGGCCUGGAAGAGGGCCCACGGCGUGGACACGAUGAGCUCCGAGGCCUUCUCCUACGCAGAGCGCUUCGCCGCGGAGGUUGAUAAGCUCCGGGACCUGGAUGUGGAGAGAAACAAGGAGCUGUGGGAGGCGCUGCGCUCGCUCUCCCCUCGCCCCGAAGACCUGUUGUCGUACGUGCUGAACACCAGGCGAGAGAGACAGCUGAUAGACCGUGCCGAGAUGAUGAUCAAGACCCAUGGCGGCACGGUUUUGGCGUACGAGCAUGAUGGGCUGUACUUGCACGUCCGACCGGGGCGCAAGGCAGAGCUCAUGAGCGCCCUCGACAACGGGCUCGACGGGUUCAAGUACACCUUGGAGCCCCAGCUGUCAGUGGAGGAGGCGUUCGAGGAGGCCCGGCGCGAGAUGGUCGAUGCAGGCGGUCACAGCAGCGAGACCCGGGCGCUCUUCAUGGCUGAGGAUCCGCAGUGGAGGGAGCAUCACAAGUUUGUGAUGACGGCGUUCAAGUCCCCGCGUGGCCAUCACGGGUUGUUCGCCCAGGUCGCGCUGCGCUCGCCGGCCGUGCACUCCCUGGUUCCCCAUCGCAUCCAGGAGGUCUUCAAGAUCGUGCAGGACACCGGGCAUUGCGCAUGGUACAAUGCCCCCAAGAGAGUUUGGAUCCUCGGCGGCACGAUGGCCAUGGACGUGCUGAAGUGGAUGGUGCAGGUGGUCUGCCAGCGCGACCUCUCGGACUACGUCGUGCGCUGGGACACAGAGUCCCAAGUGGACCUGGACGUCGACGCCGCCUGGGGCUUCAGCAACGAGACCUUCCGCACCAGCGUGGCGAACGCCAUGAAGAGCUUCUUGGGUGUGCACAGCACGGACUGGGAGCUGGACGGCGACAAGACCCGCCGCUACCUGAACUUCCAGGGCCGCCUCUUCGACCGGGGAUCGAUAGACAUGCACCCGGACCACUGCAUCACGCGCUCGACCGACUGGGCGCAUGAGUGGCCUGCAUGGUGGGGCUCGGACGCCCAGGAUCGGCUGGAGGCUGCCCUCCGCGAGGUCAGGAAGCAGCACGACGCCUUCAGAGCGUCGAAGCAGAGUGGGCCGUGCGACCUGGAUGAGAAGGCCUGCGAGAUGCUUGAGCUUGCAGCUUGCGCCAUCCGCGAGCUCGCCGUGCUGCACAGGUGGACGGAGAAUGAUUGGGGCGCCACCGUCCUGGAGCUGGAGCUGAUCGCCAAGGGCGUGUUUGCAAUGCCCCAGGCAGCGGGGAUGUGGCUUCGCGGAGUCGGAAGGAAUGGGAAGGACACCCUGGCGAACAUCAUGGAGUGCAUCCUCGGCUCCUACUCCUGCUCGAUCGACUUCGACUCCCUGCUGCGCGUGGCGGACCCCAACAAGCCGAGCCCGGUGUGGGCGAUGUGUCGCGCGAGGAGAUUCGUGGCGAUUCGCGAGGUCGACGGCGUGGAGCAGAUCCGGCUUCAGGUGUAUAAGCGGAUGACGGACCCCAACAGUCAGAUGAUGGGGCGUGACCUCUACGAAAAACUUGUGAGGUACAAACCUCAAUUUGUGGCCUUUUUCGCCAGCAACCAUGCGCCGCCGUUGACGUCGGAGUUCUCGGUGAAGGAGCGCUCGUACAUCAUCGAGCACGUCUCCGUCUUCAAGGACGUCCCCACCGAGUCCAACGAGCGCAAGUGGGAGCCGAUCGAAGACACCCUCCAGCGCGACCGCCCCUCGUACUUCGCCAUCCUGUUCCUGAUCUACAAGCACCUCCUGCAUGGUGUGAAGAUGCGCUCGAUCGGCCCCGUCCCGACUUCCUCCCACAACCUCUCCGUGAUGGAGCUGAAGGAUGCCACGAAGGAGCUGGUGAGGAAGUUCAUCAAGGAGAGAUUGAUCAAGGCGCAGGGCACGGCAAAGGCCACAGUCCGGGAUGAGAUCUACGAAGAGCUGUCGGAGGUGCUGAACAACAGCCCGGAGAUCCUGGCGGAUGCGCACCAGAAGCGGCGAAAGCUGAACCCCGCGGACCUCUUGAAGGCUGAAGGGUUCGUUGAGAAGAAAGGCAAGGGCCCUGCGGACAGCAAGGGCAAGCGGCCGAACGUGAACCUGAUCUACUACCGCUUCGCGGACUCGAACGGCGUGAAGGCGCUCGACGACAGCCCGGCGCACCUGCUCCCGGCCAGCGCUGCAAGGACGAGUGUCAUCGCAUCGGCGCUUGGCGCCGUGAGUAGCUGA